GGAGGAACUGUUGUCAUGUCCCAAGACAUAGAAAAGGACGCUAACUUCACUUUUAAUCGUUCUUGGGUCGAAUACCGAGAUGGUUUUUAUCACGGUAAAAAUAAUAUUUGGGCGGGUCUUGAAGUUAUAAAUUUAUUAACUACACGAAGAUUUCAUAACAAGUUUCAAAUAAGUGCCAUUAUUUUUGACCCUAUAGCUGUCAUAAAACAGAAGAAAUUUCUGAGAACAACUUUUACUGGCUUUAAGGUAGAUCACGAGAAUACUCAGUUUUUAAUGACGUAUGACUUCAUUGAAAUUUCUACUGAAUAUCAUUUAGGUGAAAUGUUGAGAACUCUUAACAAUUCACGAUUUAGUACCUAUGACCGUGAUAAUGACCAUAUGGCAAUAAAUUGUGCGAUGAAAUACGGUGGAGGAUGGUGGUAUAACAACGCUGGU